GUGCACCUACUUCACAAAGGGGUGUUUGCCAGCAGCCUGCACUCUCAGAAAUCAAACCAGGACCCUUGAGGCCAAACGCUUACCAUGCAUGCUGCUUCCUAGGAGAGCCAAGGACUGUUGACGUUCCCACUGGAUGGUUAUUUGCGGCUGUUAAACAAUUACCAAAAAGAAUGGACAAGCUGAAUAAAAUUACUGUCCCUGCCAGUCAGAAGUUGAGGCAGCUUCAAAAGAUGGUCCAUGAUAUUAAGAACAAUGAAGGUGGAAUAAUGAACAAAAUAAAAAAGCUGAAAGUCAAAGCCCCUCCAAAUGUUCCUCGGAGGGACUAUGCCUCAGAGAACCCUGCUGACGAAGAGGAGCAGUGGUCAGACGAGUUUGACAGUGACUAUGAAAACCCGGACGAGCACUCGGACUCGGAGAUGUAUGUGCUGCCUGCCGAGGAGACCGGGGACGACAGUUACGAGCCACCGCCCGCCGAGCAGGAGACAAGGACAGUCCACCCCGCCCUGCCCUUCACCAGGGGCGAGUACGUAGACAACAGAUCAAGCCAGAGGCAGUCCCCACCCUUGAGCAAGACCCUUCCCAGUAAGCCCAGCUGGCCUAUGGCAAAAGCAAGGCUGGCCUGCACUCUGCCAGCCCCGACUUCCCUUCAGAGACCUCAAGUCCCACCCAAACCCAGAGACCUUCUUGAAGAUGAGGCUGACUAUAUUGUUCCUGUGGAAGAUGAAGAUGAAAACUAUAUUCAUCCCACAGAAAGCAGUCCACUUCCAUCUGAAAAAGCUCCCAGGGUGAAUAGAUCAACCAAGCCAAAUACCUCUUCGAAGCCAGCCUCUCCUCCAGGGACAGUUUCAGGUCGAAACAGCGGGGUCUGGGACUCUAAGUCACCUUGUUCACCUGCUGCGCCAUCUCCACUGCCCAGAUCAGGGAAAAAAUCAGCUACACCACUGAAGAUGACUUCAGUUACCUCUCAACAGAAUGCCUCAAGUGUUUGUGAAGAAAAACCUAUACCUGCUGAACGCCACCGAGCAUUGAGUCACAGACAAGAAAAUAUGCAGUCACCAGUGUUUCCUUCUUCCCAGAAACAAAUCCAUCAAAAACCCAUACCUCUGCCACGAUUUUCAGAAGGGGGGAGCCCAACUGUGGAUGGCCUAUUACCCAGAUUUUCAUCUAAUUCCAGUUUGUCAGAACAGGAAGCUGACAUUCACUGUAAGCCAUGGUACGCUGGUGCCUGUGAUCGAAAGUCAGCUGAAGAGGCAUUAUAUAGAUCAAAUAAGGAUGGAUCAUUUCUUAUUCGGAAAAGCUCUGGCCAUGAUUCCAAACAGCCAUAUACACUAGUUGUAUUUUUUAAUAAGCGAGUAUAUAAUAUCCCUGUGCGAUUUAUUGAAGCAACAAAACAGUAUGCUUUGGGCAGAAAGAAAAAUGGUGAAGAGUACUUUGGAAGUGUUCCUGCAAUUAUCAAGAAUCAUCAACAUAAUCCCCUGGUUCUUAUUGACAGUCAGAAUAACACAAAAGAUUCCACAAGACUCAAAUAUGCAGUUAAAGUUUCAUAAAUUAAAAAAGGAAAAAGGAGGCCAACAUCAUUGCUUCAGACAUCUUCCCUAUUUCUACUUUUGAGAAAAAGUCCCAAAACUUCAUAUUUUGGCCUAUGAAUCAUCCAGUAAUAAAAGAGAAGAUGGAGACAGCUAUUGAGGUGGUCAUCCAUUUCUUUGUAAGAAAGUCAUAUGGACUUGUUCUAUUGCCUGACCUGAUGAACUGUUAAAAUAUGGUGAGGCUGAAUUAUCCUGCUACUAAUAUUCUCCAAAUAAAUGUUUUUAUUUAAAAGAAACAAGUGUAAAGUAUUUUUAGUUAAGUAAGAAAAUAACACUCUAUUUUCAAAAUAUGAAAAUAAUAAUUAUGGAUAAAAUAAAGCUGCUUGCUUGGAAUUUAGGCCACCAUAAUAGUCACUAAUGCACUAAUGAAACUAGGAUGUCUACUGUCAAUUAUGUUUUGGUUGAAAUUUUUAUGUGUAGAAAGUAAAAUAUAAUGUAUGAUAUUUAUAAGUACAGAUAAGGGGGAUACAUAAUGGUUCCUUUUGCUGAGUGUUCCCAACCAUGGGAGAUGUAUAUAGAUACGAACUUUCUAAAUGUUUUUGUCCACAAUUGUAUUGUUAGCUUUGCUUAUUAAAGAUAAUUAUACCCUCUUUGAAA